AGCGUGCGGCAGUGUGGGAGGUAGUAGUUCUCCUGAUUCUUCUAGAGGCCGCGGCCAUGGACACGGUGGUGGUAGUCGUCCCUGUUCAUCAACUGCAAAGAUACCACUGAGGCAAGAGUGUAGUGGUUCUUCUGGUUCCGCCCAGCAACGCGAAACGAAAAAUCUAUCCUGCAUGGAGGGCCUGUCAUCAUCCUCGAUCAUGUUGAGAUCUUCUAGCGGUGCUUCAAGCUGUGCGAGGUCACGACAAGAGCAGCAGGCACAGGAUGGGCAUAAUCGCAAUAGUGACCAACCAGCUUCCACACCAUUUGCAACAUCAACAAAGCCCGCAAAUCGUGCUGUGUGGCGUUCCUUGCGGUUGUACACAGUUGCACCAGCGCCUGUGCUUUUACAUCGAGACGAGAGUCGAGUUCCGACACGUGUUAGUUUCCGGUACAUUGUUUUUUGGGAGUCUGGGGAUUAUGGUAUUCCAGCCUACCGCGAAAGUUUGGCCCAAGCAGCGGAGAAAGCCGAGUUUACCGCGAUAUUCACCAAAUUGAAGAAGGAAGUGUGGGAGCUGGAUCAACGUCGAGAUAAAAGAACAAAAACAAUGCUGGAGCAGAGUUGUAAUUGUGCACAGAGGGCUUCUAUGGCCGAGGCCGUUCAUACGCCACCAGCGCCAAGUGGCACGGACGAGGGUUCAGUUUUGGGAGAGUACGGAGACCUAAUUAAACGCUUCGCACAAGGACUCAAGCUUUCAGCAUCUUCUGCACCCUCUCACGAAGAAGAGGAGUACGAUAGAAAGACUCCUAGAUUAGGCUCAAGAUCUGCGUCAUCUUCAGCGGGUUCUUAUGCUCCUCCUAGACAAAAAAGGAAUUCCGACCACGAUGGCUCAUAUCAACGGCGGGACCCCAGUUCUUCCGGCGAUCCUUCGCUGUCUUCUGUCUCGAACAAAAAUAGUCUGCAAGGAGAACAGCUACAACAGAGGAGUGUAUCAAGUUAAGCCUCGCACCACCAGUGAGUCACUUCGACACUAGAUCACUCUUCUGUCUUCUCUGAAUCCGUUUCCAUCUUGGGAUUCUCAGAAAAUGAAUUUAACAGUUAUAAUUGACUGAUUGAGAGUUCUAAUAGAGUGGAAAAUUAUCAGCGGUAUCGUCCACCACUGGCAGGCUGCUUUUUCGGACACUAAGUGGGAGAUCUUCUGCAUCGUCGUCGAAUGCAGAACACGUGGCUCGUCCGAUUGUGAUUGAUGUGAGGCCUUACACAAGAACCGCAGACGUUGACGACAAUCGAAGAGUUGGUAGUGAGGACGGUACCUUGGCGGCUGCUCUGGUCGCAUCGGCUGACCGGGAGCGGUUUCAGAGCGAUAAUGAAGACACCGCUGACUACGCCAUAUUCGCAGAGGAAUUACGUGGAAAUGCAGUGUCGCAGCAGCAAAUGCUCCAUUCUUCUGGCAAGGUGAUUGGCUUGGCACAAAAGUUCACGAAUGGAGUCCGCUUUUCGUGCGUUUUUGCAGUUGACCGGGAGGCUCAGUUGAUUGCUGACAUGGAGGCACUUACAGGAAGAAGUGUUGAAAUAGAUCCUCGCGGACUUGGAGCAAGCCGAAAAUCAAAAUCACAAACUGGUUCCACUUCUAAUGCGACCCGUUCUCAUGUCGCCAAAGCCGAUAGAACAUCUAAAACCUCCAGAAGUAGUGGCACUACUGGCAUUAUUUCUGCCACCAGCAUGAGUUCGUCAUCCUCUGGAGUCACUUUCCGGCCAUUGUGGACUAUAUCUGGUUCGCAGUUAUUGCGCGCAAAGGAGCUUGUAAGUGACGAGCAGGACGACAGACAACGACGUAUAAGUGGCCGCGGUCGCCAGACGAUGGAUCCUGUAGCUGGAAUACGCAUUUUACCGUCUGCUCUCGACGCGGACUUUGAUUACGGCCAACAGAAAAUCAAAAAACGGACUUUGAUUUUGGCCUUUCUCUACUCGAAAGACUCAGCAACAAAAGAAGACAUGACUGGGCAAAAGAUGUUCUGAAAGGUGGGUUGUCGGUACCUCUAAUUUGACGAUUUACAUAUCUUUCCAUCCUCCAGGAAGGAAUUGUUGCCGUAUACAGAACUGCGAUAUAAUCCUUGGGUACAGAAGGUUCCUGGCGGUCCCUCAAAUUUCGCAGGUUUAUGGUUGAUACGAAAAAGUUUGCAAAGAGUCGAUGCUAAAGUAGGAGGAGCGGACGGGAUGCACACCGUCGACGGGAUAUUUUCAAACGGGAUGCUUCAAGCUGGCUUCGACGAUGGAAGAAUUAUGAUGUGGUCCAUGUCUUUUUUAUUCAAUUAUGUCUUCAGCAUUUUUAGAUUGCUUGGAUUGAUAUUGACUAAUCGUGUGUGUCAAUAUCCUUUGUUGGAUGCCUCAAUCUUACCUUGUUCCUCCUAUUCCCAGUGCGACAAACAAGAACUCUUUGAAAUAGAAAAUCAUAACAUUCUAGUACUAGUGGCCUCAGGUCAUAUGCAAGACCACAUAAUUCCACAAAGGAACCUGAUCAUUUUGACCAAAAGGUCUUGUUCUUCUAAAAAGACGAAGAUCAUUCCUUCCACCAAAGAACGUCAGGAAGAAAACGCCGUCACCUACGUUCGCUUUUCGUACGAGCUUGUAUGGACUCAGGGAGCUCAUAAUGCGUUACGCAUCGAAGAACAGAUAUCGCUAUUCUAUCGUCGUCUACUCAAAGUUAAGGCUACCGCUAAAGCAUCCUCAACCUCGUCCUUGGCCAUUUUUCUAAGGGAAAAAGACGCCAAGGACGAUGCUUCCAAGGAUGCCAGUGCGGUAGCUCUAACAAAGGCCCGACUGAGGACGGACACCGAGCUGAGUUUCAUAUCAUCAGAAAACACUUAGAAACAAAAUGGAAACUAGUCGAAGACUUUGCAUAGGACUUUGAUCUGCCUCUACUUGAUCAUGUAGCCUGAUAGAACAUUAUUAUGUAUAAGUGUCAAAAAAUACUAGUACCCCUGAGAGACGCAACAUGAAGGUCAAGGUCUAAGUAAUGCGCACUUGAAGUUCGGUAGUACGGCUUUUAUUCAUUCACACGUAUGCGUCCUCUCCUACUUGAGUGUAAGAAAAAUUUCCCUCGUCGUAAUGCCUGUAGAUUCACGAUGGCUACUGGCUUCAAGAUAACUAUUUCCUUCCUGUGAAGUUUACCUCGCUGCAAUAAGAUCUUUUCAUCUACUACGCACUCAAGGAUGAUUCUUUCCAUUCAUAUUUUUUCAUCUAGUGAAAGAGAGAUCCCCAGAAGCACAAGUGCGUCUAGGCGUUGAUGUGUUUGCUGGGCUACAACAUAGGACCUUCUUCUAUCAACACGCCCAUUUAGUUCUUCUAAAGAAAAAGACCCGUAACCUUUUCCAUAUCCUUUCAUAAAUCCAGAAUUUAAGAAAACCUCUAGAGUAUAACUAUCCAUCUAAAACUUCUACUACAGCUAGUGCGAUUGAGCAUCUGAUGGAGCAUCGAAAUCUAUGAUUAAAAAGUGUACAGCUAGUAGUGGGUAAAUUAGAAAAUAGCUGUCCUAGUGAGAGAUUUCUGCGAAGGCUCAUGCAUGUGCUCCGAUCAAUGAAAGUUUUUAUCUAGUGAACGAUCAUUUUGAUUUUUUACCCGAGCAUCCUCUGUCUUGUUUCCAAGGAAGUCAAAACGAACAGAACACGGUGACUUGUUUACAUACAUAAUUCGUUGCAAAAGAAUUUUAAGGCUUGUGAUCCCUUAAAUCUAUCGUUUUUUCUGGAGCUUGCGAAACGUUAAAGGUACCAUGGUGAAUAAAAUGC